AUGGCUAGGAAGGAAACACAGCUAAUUUUCAAGGUGACUCAUUUAGCAAGAUGGAAAACAAAAGUUCCUUGUGUGUUGAUGGUCUGCAUUAUGUCUGGAGCCAGCCGUCAGCUCGCUCUUCUGCUCUGCGGCUGUUGCGUGGCUGCCCUGGGGGCCCAGGCCAAGGAGCGCUGCCCGGCGGAGCGUCACCAGGCUGCCCAGUACGUGGCUGCCGUGUACGAGCACCGGUCCAUCCUGAGCCCGAACCCGCUGGCCCUCACCAGCCGCAAGCAGGCCUUGGAGCUCAUGAACCAGAACCUCGACAUCUAUGAACAGCAAGUGACGAUCGCAGCCCAAAAGGGUGUACAGAUUAUAGUGUUUCCAGAAGAUGGCAUCCAUGGAUUCAACUUUACAAGAACAUCCAUUUACCCGUUUUUGGACUUCAUGCCUUCUCCCCACUUGGUCAGGUGGAACCCAUGCCUGGAGCCCCACCGAUUCCAUGACACGGAAGUCCUCCAGCGCCUGAGUUGUAUGGCUGUCAAGGGAGAGAUGUUCCUGGUGGCCAAUCUUGGGACAAAGCAGCCUUGUCACAGCAGUGACCCAGGGUGCCCAAAUGAUGGCAGAUACCAGUAUAACACGAACGUGGUGUUCAGCAGUAAUGGAACCCUGGUUGACAGCUACCGCAAACAAAACCUCUACUUUGAAGCAGCGUUCAAUACCCCCCUGGAAGUGGAUCGCAUCACCUUUGAUACCCCCUUUGCUGGCAAGUUUGGCAUCUUCACUUGCUUUGACAUAUUGUUCUUCGACCCUGCUGUCAGGCUCCUCAGAGACUCGGAGGUGAAGCAUGUCGUGUAUCCGACCGCCUGGAUGAACCAGCUCCCACUCUUGGCAGCCAUUCAGAUUCAGAGAGGUUUCGCCAUCGCCUUUGGUGUCAACUUUCUGGCUGCGAACAUUCACCAUCCAUCUCUGGGGAUGACGGGAAGUGGCAUACACACCCCUCUGAAGUCCUUUUGGCACCAUGACAUGGAAAGCCCCGAAGGUCACCUUAUAAUUGCUCAGGUAGCCAAAAAUCCACAGGGUCUCAUUGGCACAGGGAAUGCCACAGGGAAAAUGGACCCAUCCCAUAGUAAGUUUUUAAAAAUAUUGGCAGGGGAUCCAUACUCUGAGAAGGAUGCUCUGGACGUCCACUGUGAUGGAGCCCCCAAAUGGAACACGAAUGCCCCUCCUACAUUUAACUCUGAGAUGAUGUAUGACAAUUUCACCCUGGUUCCCGUGUGGGGCAAGGAAGGCUACCUCCAAGUCUGUGCAAAUAGCCUUUGUUGUCAUUUGCUUUACCAAAGGCCCACUCUGUCCAAGGAGCUGUAUGCCCUGGGGGUCUUUGAUGGCCUUCACACUGUGCACGGCACUUACUACGUUCAAGUCUGUGCCCUGGUCAAGUGUGGCGGUCUUGGCUUUGAAACCUGUGGGCAGGAGGUCACAGAGGCUGCGGGGAUAUUUGAGUUUCACCUGUGGGGGAACUUCAGUACCUCCUAUAUCUUUCCAAUGCUUCUGACCUCAGGGAUGACCCUGGAAACCCCUGACCAGCUGGGCUGGGAGAAUGAUCACUAUUUCCUGAGGAAGAGCGNACUGUCCUCCGGCCUGGUGACGGCAGCUCUCUACGGGCGGUUGUAUGAGAAGGAUUAG